AAAAUUUGAUUCAUCAAAAAAAAUUAAAAAUGUUAUAAAUAAUGAUAAUAUUAAUUUUUGUCCUUUUCGCCUUUUAUAUGAAUCAAUAAAUAUAUUUUAUUUUUAAUUUUUUCUUUAAAAAAAAAAUAAUUAAACCACAAAAUAAUUCCAAGAUAUUAUUAAUAAUAAUAAUAAUAAUCAUAUUUUUACCGUGGAUUGAAUAUGUGACAAUUAUAAAUUAAUUUUUUUUUGUUCGCGUUAUAAUGACCAGGAGAAAACAGGACUUCCCUCAAAAGGCGGCAUCCAAUCAAGAUCGUAAAGCGGAAUUACACCAGAAUCAUAAGAAAAACUCAUAUACUUACAAUGACGUUGAAAGAACGGAUAAAAUACUGAAUAACGAGAAAUUGAUUAGUGUCUUAGUCAACAACGAUUCAAGGCUAAGUAAUUUUACUCAUCUAAACAGCAAACACUCAAAAUCGAGCAGACCACCUACUACCUUAGAUUUUAAAGAGUGUGGUCCAGCAGAGGUCAAACAAAAUAUCGACACCUCCAGCCAAUCCCCACCGUUUUACAAGAUCCGCGAGAACGAAAAAAACAAUCCUAAUUUUGGUUAUAACAACGCCCCAUUCUUGAACGGUCUUUUGGAUCAAAAGGUAAGCACACCUUCUCCCAAUCCAUUGAAUCCCGAUUCCUAUUCGUCAUCCUCGAGCGACGAAUUGAAUGGUCACGACAAUAUCGCGAGGAGAACCAAAUCGCGUCCAUUUAACUAUGACCAUUUUAUACAUUCCGAUCCCGCGAAAUCGUCCAAGCGUAAUCGUGCGCCUAAAGAUAAUUUCAAGUUGUACCAAGAAUUGUUAAUGCUGAAUCACCUAAAACGGAAGUGCGAUAAAAACAUGGCCGAUUAUGACCAUGCCGCACCUAUAUAUAUACCUCCACUCCCAUUCAAGGACACAAUUUUGCCGCUUAGGCGGACGAAUUACACUGCAGACCAGUCUAGUCAUGUUUCGUUUCCAACGUUUUCUACCCCCAAACCAAGCGUUAUUAUUACCUCCAUUGAGAAUUCAAUAAAUCCGAACCCUAAAGACACCGUUAUUGUAAAAGAUAAAAACGCAAACAUUUCGGGCAGAAGCCCUGAUAACCGAAACGAAAAGCACAAUGUUCGGAAAAGAAAACCCGAUCAAGAAAGGUCUAGAUUUUACGGCAUAAAGGACAAUAUUUCGAUGGUUGGAGACGAUAUUGACAGCUCCGCCUCUCUGAAUCAGCCGAUAUCCGCUUCGCCGCACGUCAAUAACUGGCCACCUUUUUCUUACGAUUUCAACUUUAUGAAUAAAAUGUUCUCGCACCCUAACGUGUCACCGUCAAGCUCUGCUCUUCCAGAAAACUUCAAGAAAAUAAUUAAUUAUAACAUUUACGACAAUCCUUUCGUGCAAUAUUUUCCUCAGUUUUUAAACUCAACGACCACGAGCGCGAAUUUAAUUAACGAGCCAUACGUGCCGUCGCCCAAAUACUCAAAUAACUCCGCAAGGAAACGCGACUCGGGGAGAAAGUUUUCCAAAUGUUCAUUAUCGCGUCGCACGCAAGAUGAAAAUGAUCAUCAAAUAGACUUCACGCAGUCGGACUCCUUUCCGUUUCAAAAUUCUCUACAAAAUCAUAUGUUCGACGCUUAUAAUUACCAUAAUCAAUUCCCAAUUUUUCCGCUUCCUUCUUCGUUUAAAGAUAAUCAUUAUCACAAUAAUUCCGCGGCGAAACAUAAUAAACAGCCCGAUUUUCUUGCGGAUAAUCUUCCUUUUCCCAAUUACGAAGAUUAUUUUUGCAUGUUGAAUUCUUUGGACUGGAAAUCGAGAUACGACUCUUACCAAUAUAUGUUCUCAAAAUCGCCCAUGCUCUAUCCUCACCCAUCAUUUCCUUACAUGAGUAAUUUCCAAUUGCCCCCUUUUCACCCCUUAUCCAACGAUCCAAUUGAUCAAUACACAUUUAAAUCAAAACAAUCCACAAAUAAGUUCAACGAAGAUUACCAAUCGAAAUACAUGGAUAUUUGCCGAAAAACAAAUCUGUCUCGUCAAAAAAAUUCGCCAUCUUUAGGCGACGAAAUUGUGACCCGCGUUUCAUCGAAAAAGAGUGACGAAUGCAAAUUAUUUGUAGCAUCUGAGACAACGUCUCAGCCUAAUAAAAAUAAAAUCGGGCCUAAAAGGACAAAUGGUGCGCACCAUUCCACCAACAGUAACAAAAUGGUCAGGGGACAAAACACUUGGCUCUCCAAAGGUUCCAAGAAGGCUAAGGACAUAAUGAAAUGUAUAUGGUGUGGGGAUUCCUUCGGGUCAUUACCAGAUCUGACAUCCCACAUGGUAGCCACUCAGCAUUACAGGAAAAUUAUUCCUAUCAUAUCAUCUAACGCCCUCGCGAUUACAAGCACGAAUGGUGAAUUUUGCAAUAAAUUAUUGAAUAAGAAUUUGAAGUUCGAGGCCGCCAUCAAAGGCAAUGAUACCGAAACAUCACCUAGAGAAAUGGGAGGGAAUAUUUACGAUCCAUUGUUUAGGAUGUCCCCAUUAGUAUUUAGGCGUUCUGACGAAGCUUCAUUAUUCGAUGCUUCCUCCCUGAAACAGUUAUCAAAUGUGGAAAGAAAGUACGAAAGCACAAACCAUCUUCAAAAUCAAGAAAACCCCAUUGAAGAAAAAGAACUAAGGAUAAGCCACACGACGACAAAGUAUUGUUCAAUCAUAAUAAUUACCCUGAAGAUAGUUUAAUCUCAACCUUAAAAUCCAACAAUCCUAUUUUUCAUACUAUAUCUCAGCCAUCAAUCACAUGCACUAAUAAAAAGAGUAUUUUAAAUUUCGAUAUCUCUUAACCUUUAUAUUGAUAUUUUUAAUUGUCGAUAUAAUUAAAAAAAAACUAGUCUUAAAAUCAAUAGCCAAAAAAAAUAUAUUAGUCAAUAUUUUAUAUGUGUUAUUUAUAAUAUAUUCCCCAUUUUUUUAUAUAUAUUAUUAUACUAUAUAUUGUUACUUAAAAUAAUCAAAAAAAAAGUUUUAUAAUUUUAUUUAUAAAAAAAAGCUAAUAUAAAGAAAUAUAACUUU